AUGUAUGAUCCCGCUAGUGAUGGCGUUGAUCUUAAAUCUUGCAGAAUAUGUUUAACAACAAAGAAACCGCUGUGUCCACUAUUUAAAUACAAAUUAUCAGGAAAUUAUGCUGAAAUGUUGACGGCAAUUGCUAAUGUCAAAGUAUUACCAACUGAUGGCCUUCCUGAAAAAAUAUGUCUUAAAUGUUGCACCACUUUGGAAAAAGCAUAUCUACUUAAAACUGUUGCGGAAAGGUCUGACAGAAAAAUGAGAAAAAUUAUCCAAAGUUUAAAACCAACUGCAAACACAAAGAAAAUAGCAUUUAAUUCCCUUACUGAUAUCAAAGAUGAGAUUGGACCGCUUGUUAAAUCAGAGCCAGGAAUGGAGGUGGAAAUAGAUGUCCUUGCACCAAAUUGUGUUCCUAAUGCAGAACCGGUUGAUGGUAAAGAUAUUAUAAUUGCAAACACAGUUAUAAGGAAGGUAGAGAAUGAUAAAAAAUUCAAAGUAGAAAAUACAGAUUUUGAUAAUGAUUUCUUCACUGAUUACGGUAUUGAUAAUGAUGAAGAUGAUGAUUAUUUACCACCUUUAGAGAAAUCAAAAAGUAAAUUUAAGAAACCAAAGUUAUGUGAUAUAAAAGUAUUUAAUACUAAAGGCAAAAAAACAAUUAUAAGAAAAGUAAAGGUGGUAAAACAAGUGAAAAAUACACAUAUUGACGGUGACAACAAAAGAACUACAACAAUUACAUGUUUUCCAAUUCUCAAAAAUGGAGCAACAGGUCCACCAAUACUAUUGAAGAGACCGAAAGAUGCAACAAUUGUUAAACCAAACUCCAAUGUAGAUAAACAGAGAACUGUUCGUGUUUCAAGAGAUGCAACUCCUGGAAAACAGAGAGAAAAAAUGGUGUGCCCCGUUUGUGGCAUUUUAACAUUUACGUUAGGAAAUCAUAUGUUAACACAUGAAGAAAAAAAGAAAUUCAACUGUACACAGUGCGAUAGAACAUUCUCACUCAAAGCAAACUUGGUUUCGCAUAUUAAAAAGCAUUCCGGUAUCAAAGACCACAUCUGCGAAGUGUGUGGAGCUGGGUUUUACACACAGAAAUCUUUACUUAGACACAAUUUGAUUCACAAAGGAGAAAGGCCAUACCAAUGCGAUUUAUGUUCUAAGAAGUUUAUUGCGCGAUGCGACUUAACACGCCAUUUACGUAUUCACGCGGGCUAUAAGCCCUACAAAUGUAACACUUGCACGAUGUCAUUCAACGCAAAGCAUCAAUUGCAGAAUCAUGAGCGGAUGCACACCGGCGAACGACCUUAUAGUUGCGAGGUAUGCAACGUCGCAUUUAGUUAUAAGGUUAACUUAAACAAUCACGUAUACAAAACACACGGUAUUAAUAUUAAAUUCAAAUCAAUCCAUACGGUGACCGAGGAAGUAUUGCGUCGGGAAAUGGGAAUGCUCAACGAAGCUCGGGUAGCUAUAGCGCACAUAAUUCCACAACUAUCUGAGGUCCCGACACCGGGCGCACAUGAAACGGUCCAUCAUACAACAGACUAUAACGUAUAG